CACGAAAUAGAUAGUUUCAUUUGGGAAGUUGCCGUGUAAACGUCGCGAAGCGGGCGAAUUGCAAUAACGGAUAAAGAUAGCGAAAUUUUUGUAGUGUACAGAUAAUUGUUGUUUUUUCUUGCAAAAAAGUUGAUGAAAUAUUUUUAAAUAGUUCAUUUUCGAAUUUCUUUUGUUGUAAUUAUGCGCAGUGACUCUGAGGGGGCAUCCGGUGAACAUGCGCAAUUGGUGGUGAAUGUGUGAAGAUUCCCCCUCCCAUUGACAAAACUUUAUACAAAGGCAAUUGUGAUCAUGUACUUACAUAUGCAUAAAUACAUAUUUACACUGUGAAUGCAUAAGUUUGAAUAAGCGGAUAUGCACUUGUGCAGCAGAAAGAAGAAAAAUGUAGAGAAGACUAAAAGCACAGAUAGAAAAUAAUAAGCCGAAAUGAACAGAAAACUCGAAAAGUCAGUUGAAAACGACAUGCAACACAAAUAACGCGAACGCCACUAAUACACACACACACACACAGACUAAGCGGGAGUCCACCCCAAGUAAAAAUUGUGUCAAACUUAAAAAUGAGUACUUACAAAGCACAUAUUUCGUGACGUGAAACUGGAAUCGGUGAACGAAAGUAAAAGAUCGCAGUGAAUGUUGUUACUUUUAUUGUUGUUAUCUGGAACUUGGAUUGCCUCGGUUAAUGUUUUGUGCUUAUUGCACUUAUUACGGUUUAUUUGACACAAUAUUGCCUAAUUAAAGUAUGAUAAUGUGUAAGUGUCAACAACAUUGAUCUACGUUUAUAUUUAUUAAAGCCACCCACAGAGCUGUCUACACAACGAAGGAUUUUCACAAAAGAGGUCGGCUGUGCCUCGUGUUCAGAAUAUCUAUACACGUAUGCUAAAAUCGAAGUAGACGUUAUGCAAACACCCGUUGAAACAUUUGAAACUUUACAAAACUAUGCAAGAAGAGAAAGGCGCGCAGCUCCCAGCACAUUGACCAAGCAAUUUCAAUGAGUAAUCUCACCAUAAGUAGCCGCCAGCUAAGUCAAUUAAACCAACAAGAUUUAAAGCAUUCGCCAUUCUUACGACGCCUAAAAUACAGAUAAAUAAGAACUGAGCUUAAGGAAAAGCUUUCAAUGUUAUUCUAGUGAAAACGAAACCAACGCCAAAAGCUGCAAGUCGGGGAAGUCGAAAACUUUUUUACAAAAACAAUAUCCCCACAGACGUAUCGAUUUAAUAUCGAUGUGCCUCAUUAAUGCAUGACUGAAUGUACUUAUAAAACCGUUUUAAUUUAUAUCGCAAUCGAGUCAGGAAAAUGUACCGACCGAACUUUUAUGAAUCCACGUGCCUUCGAUGCAAUGAAAUCGUCUAUCAAGUCGAUCGCAUUGGACCACUCAAGGAUUUUACUUUCUUCCAUUCCGGCUGCUUUAAAUGCGUCCAUUGCGGCACUAAGUUAACACUUAAAACCUAUUUCAAUAAUCAGCAUAAACAGGACGACAAGGAGGUUUACUGUAGUUCACAUGUACCAAAGAGUGGGCCUGGCCAUUUGGAUCAGACAUCUGUGGGCAUAAGGCAAGCUUUGAAUGCGCCGCGUACAAACAAAUACGUCAAUGAACAAAUUCGCGGAACACGGAGCGAUGUUGACGGUGGAUUGGGUUCACGUCAAUCGACACCAAAUGGUUAUGGCAGCAGAGAUGUCAGCUCCCCGUCACAAAAUGAUUCCGAUUAUAAAUAUGGACGAUUCGACGCGAGUGCAUUGCAUAUUGCACACGCACUCAAGCAAACUGAAAUACAGAAAGCCUAUAAUAAGAUGAGAGAAAAACCAAUAGAUUUCUAUUUGGCUCGAGAAGAGCAGGCAAAACUCGAAAUGAAACAUCGGAAGGAGGAAGAUGAUUUAUAUCGUAAAUUUGCACGCAAACGGGAAGAGGAAGACCGCAAAAUACAAUCUGAAUUCCAAGAUGAAUGGGAACGCGAACUGCAGCGUCUCACUCACAAAUUUGAAAAAGAACUGGCAACAUCGCGACGCAAUAGAGACGACCACAAUAUACUGACGUUGCGACAUGAACAGCAAAAGGAAGAUUUGGAAAAGAAUAUGACUCUGCGACGCAGCAAAAAGAAAGAAAGUAUUACGCGCAAAAUGUUGGAACAUGAACGAUACGAAACGGCUGCUUUGGUAGAUCGCCAGUCCAGUGAAAUGUUGGAGUUGAUCAGUGCACGUCGUUCGGAGUACAUGCAAAAUGAGAGUAUAUUUUUAGAUGAAGAUUUUGAUGAAGGCGCUGUCCCGCUAGAAUACCCAAUGAUGGCGCCGAUACCAGCUCCGCCAGCUGUUAGUAAAUUCCAAAUAUACACCGAUCCCAUUGAAUUCGAAGACGUCGAUCGCAUUGCAAUAUCGGUCGCCCAAGAGGAUCAGAAGACUUUUACAGACUUGGUACGGCAAUUAGUUGGUCGUUGCACAACUGAUAUAGAGAAGGCUCGAACGAUAUUUCGUUGGAUAACUGUUAAAAACUUAAACGCAAUGCAUUUCGACGAUGACUUGCGUGGUGACACACCCAUGGGUUUGCUACGGGGCAUCAAAUAUGGCACGGAGAGUUAUCAUGUACUGUUUAAGCGACUCUGCAGCUAUGCUGGUCUACACUGUGUAGUAAUCAAAGGCUAUUCCAAGAGCGCAGGGUACCAGCCGGGUGUCAAAUUUCAAGACUCUCGAUUCCGGAACUCAUGGAAUGCAGUGUAUGUCGCCGGAGCUUGGCGUUUUGUUCAAUGUAAUUGGGGCGCCCGUCAUUUGGUAAAUGCAAAGGAAGCGCCCAAGACCGGUCGUGGGAAAAAUGACAGUUUAAGAUAUGAAUACGAUGAUCACUACUUCUUAACGGAUCCCAGGGAAUUCAUAUAUGAAUUUUUCCCCUUACAAGAGGAGUGGCAACUGCUUAAAAGACCGAUAAAUUUACGUGAAUUUGAAAACUUACCAUUUGUUCGUUCGCUUUUCUUUCGCUAUGGACUACAUUUCGCCGAUGAAGGCUAUGGUGCUGUAGUUUUCACCGACGAUACAGGUGCAGCUACUGUGCGCAUCGCCAUGCCGACUGACAUGCAAAGCUGUUUGAUCUUCCAUUACAACCUUAAAUUUUAUGAUAGCGACGAGGAUUCUUACGACAGCGUGUCCUUGAAACGUUUCGUUAUGCAGUCGGUCAUUGGAAAUAUUGUAGCCUUUCGAGUGCAUGCGCCCUGUUCAGGCGCUUUUCUUUUAGACAUAUUUGCCAACGCAGUGACGCCGCAGGAGUACCUCACCGGCGAGCCGAUGAAAUUUAAAUCUGUAUGCAAGUUCAAGAUAUGCUGUGAAGAAUUACAAACAGUUAUGGUACCGUUGCCGGAUUGUGCGAGUGGCGAAUGGGGUCCAACUAAAGCGACUAGACUUUUUGGAUUAAUACCUAUAACGCAUCAGGAUCCACUUAUAUUUGCUGGACGUAGUUUGGAUCUUCAGUUCCGAAUGUCACGUCCAUUGACAGAUUUCAUGGCCACACUCCACAAGAACGGCAUUGAAGAAAAGAAACUUGCAAAGUAUGUGACGCACAGCACGUUGGAUGACAUCGUGACUUUCAUAAUUAACUUUCCCGAGGAAGGACAAUACGGUUUGGAUAUAUACACUCGUGAGGCUGGAAGCAUGGCUUCACAUCACAGCAACUCUUCGACAACAGGCGAAAAACAUUUGCUCACACACUGCUGUAAAUAUUUAAUAAACUCGUCGAAGCGAAAUUAAACGUCUGUUAGUGCAUUGGAUGCAAUCUUGUUACAAUAUUUUUAGUUUAAAUACAGAAUUACCAAUUACGUUUAAGAGUUUUGUAUAUUUAACACCAAUUGUUUUUUAAAUUAAUACCAUACAUAUUAAUAUAUAAUAUUAUUAUACU